CAUUCCCUCUCAUCUUCUUCUUCUCCAUGAUCACUUACCGGGCUUCUAACUUAAAUCUGUCGCACAAAGUUAUCGGCAGAGACUAUCCUUCUCUUGUUGGUUAUUUGCAGGUUUAUCCUUGUCGCGGCCAUAUUCGAGGAAUCAUUUCCUCUAUCGACAGGUCUAAGUUGAAGCUCAGAGGUUUUUGCAACAACAAAGGCAACAACAAUGGUUUCAAGAGAGAGGAGGAUUUUGAUAUUCCUGAGAAAGAGGAAGAACGAGAGAGAAAAGUACAUUGUGAAAUGGAAGUGAUUUCAUGGAGGGAAAGAAGGAUUAAGGCCGAGAUAGCGGUCAAUGCUGAUGUCGGAUCGGUUUGGAAUGCUCUCACCGAUUAUGAACGACUCGCAGAUUUUAUUCCCAAUCUUGUUUGCAGUGGGAGAAUUCCUUGCCCACAUCCUGGGCGUAUUUGGCUGGAGCAAAGAGGAUUACAAAGGGCAUUAUAUUGGCAUAUUGAAGCGCGUGUGGUCCUAGAUCUACAAGAAUUCCCAGACAUAUCCAAUGGUCGUGAACUUCACUUUUCCAUGGUUGAUGGGGACUUCAAAAAGUUUGAGGGCAAAUGGGCUGUAAGAUCUGGAACAAGCAGGUCCACAACAGCAAUUUUAUCAUAUUUAGUAAAUGUGAUACCAAGAUUUAACUUCCCAGCUAUUUUCUUAGAGAGGAUUAUCAGAUCAGACCUUCCUGUGAAUCUUCGAGCCUUGGCUUGUCGAGCUGAGAGUAAUUUCAAUGGUAAUAUGAAAAUGCUGACAGAAGAUUCCUUGAGUAGAACAUCCUGGCCUGGCAUCAGCUUUGAUGCUGCUAUAUCUGAAAAGGAUAAAAUGUCGCCCAGAGAAGUUAAAAAGAAUUAUAAUACCUCCAAUCUUGGCCUGACACCACCAUCUUCAAAUGAGCUGAAUAGUAACUGGGGUGUAUUUGGAAAAGUCUGCAGACUUGAUAGACCUUGCGUGGUGGAUGAAGUUCAUCUUCGUAGAUUUGAUGGCCUAUUGGAAAAUGGAGGUGUUCAUCGCUGUGUUAUUGCUAGCAUAACAGUUAAAGCACCUGUUCGUGAUGUCUGGAGUGUUUUAACUGCUUAUGAGAGCCUUCCCGAGAUUGUUCCAAACCUAGUCAUCAGUAAGGUUUUGUCACGAGAAAACAAUAAAGUUCGCAUUCUACAGGAAGGAUGCAAAGGCUUAUUAUAUAUGGUUCUUCAUGCGCGGGUUGUUCUAGAUUUGCGUGAACAUCUAGAACAGGAGAUUAGUUUUGAGCAGGUUGAGGGGGAUUUCGAUUCUUUUCGAGGAAAAUGGCUUCUAGAGCAAUUGGGAAGUAACCACACAUUAUUGAAGUAUAGUGUCGAGUCAAAAAUGCAUAAGGAUACCUUUCUUUCUGAAGCCAUCAUGGAAGAGGUUAUUUAUGAAGAUCUACCAUCGAACUUAUGUGCAAUUCGAGAUUAUGUUGAGAAAAGAGAAGCAAAAAGCUCUUUUGGAACAAUUGAAAAUGGACAAUAUUCAGAUGAACUUAUUGUUUCAUCUUCCAGUGAAAAUGAAGCUGAUUGCAGCAUGACAGCCGAGACUGUUUCUUCUUUCACUGCUUCAACACCAAACAGACAGAGACCCAGGGUUCCAGGACUGCAAAGAGACAUUGAGAUCCUUAAAGCUGAGCUUUUGAAGUUUAUUUCAGAACAUGGACAGGCAGGGUUUAUGCCCAUGAGAAAACAACUCCGUUUGCAUGGUAGGGUGGAUAUUGAGAAGGCCAUCACAAGGAUGGGUGGGUUUAGAAGGAUAGCAUCAAUGCUGAAUCUUUCCCCUGCUUACAAGCACCGAAAACCAAAAGGUUACUGGGACAAUCUUGAGAAUUUGCAAGAAGAGAUAAGCCGGUUCCAAAAGAGCUGGGGAAUGGAUCCAUCAUUUAUGCCCAGUAGAAAAUCUUUUGAGCGUGCAGGACGCUAUGAUAUUGCACGAGCACUGGAGAAAUGGGGAGGUCUUGGUGAAGUGUCUCGGCUUUUGUCGCUCAAGUUUGAAAUGGAGAGUAAAGAUGAUGAAGUAAGGAAAGCACAAGUCGUUGAAGCUCGGGCAAGAAACAUAAGCCACAAUGUUCGUUGCACAGAGUGUGGGAGUCAGUCCAUUGAAGACUCACAAGCUGAUAUUGCUAUUCUUCUUAGAAAGCUAAUCCGUGAUGAAAUUCAUGCUGGAAAGACUGACAAAGAGAUCUACAGAAAACUUGAGGAUGAUUUUGGGGAGACAGUUCUUUAUGCCCCAAAAUUUGAUAUGCAGACUGCAGCAUUAUGGCUAUCACCGCUUUUAGUUGCAGGAGCAGGUGCAGGAAUAUGGGCUUACCAAAAGCACAUACAAAAGACGAAUGUGCACAUCAUGGCUUUGAACCUUGUUAGAUGUGUUCCAUUGACUCCCAAAGAGAAGCAGACUAUGUUAGACAUCCUCACACCUCCUCCUUCACAAGGAGUUACUCCUCGCUUUUGGCCAAAGUGGCAGCAUCAUUGAUGGUUUGAAUCCCUACCAUUAUCUUAUCUUCCUUUGAUUUUUCGUUUUGUUUUUUACAAAUUUCUAACUUAUUCCGAACACAAUGUAAACGAUUCGAAUUUCCUGGCCUUAUAAUAGGUGAAGAUUACUUUAGAAACAGAAAGUCGGGAAGAAAUCCAUCUUCCUUUUUGUUUUGGUGGGGAAUUAUUGUGGGUAGAUGCUGAAGAAAAAAACUCGUAAACUCUAAUCUGUUAAGAUCUCAAUUCUCCAUCUCUCGAUCAAAUCUUUCGCCUGGAGCUGUCAUCUUCUACUCUCCUUGGUAUUCAUCUUCACAAGUUCUCUAGUUCGGUUUGUUUCAGUUUGGUAUUGAAGCUUCCUCCGUGUUUCUCAGUUCAGUGGAAAUGGCGACCACUGCUUGUUUCAUCAUUGUGAGCAGGAAUGAUAUCCCAAUAUAUGAAGCUGAAGUGGGAUCUGCUGCUAAA